AAAAAUUUAAAUUUAAAUAAACGUUAAAAUCUAAGUAUUUGUUUUUUCCUUCAUUUCUUUUCCUUUAUUCUAAAAAAUCGAUAAUUCCAAUCAUUUCUCAAUGGAUAGCGAUGUGGAAUUGAAAAAUGUGCACUUUAAUCCGUCGGAAUCGGUAACAUUCGACGCGGAACCACGAAAACAAGAAAUUCCAAUCGAAAUUCAAAACAAUGAAUCAAUGGAUCUUCUGGUGAAAUUUAAAUCCACACGGUCCGGGAUUUUCAACACAUUGCCCACUUUUGCAAUUGUUAAAGCCGGAAAUUCGAUGAAAUUUGAGCUAAUUUGCGAGGGUAUCGAUAGGGAAAAAGUUAGCAGAGACAGAUUCUCAAUCAUAGUUUCCGGCAUCAAACCAACGGUACUCGCCGCCAAACAAAUUUGGAAAAAUUACAAGAAUCGCGAGGAACUAUUGAUUGGAAAAAUACACAAAAAGAUGAUUUUCAUCAAAUUUUCAGGAAUCAAUGAGACCGAUUGGUGGAAUAAGAGUAUCUUCGGUGAACCGGAGACUAAGAUCCCAACAUUCGUAAUCCAGCCACAACAAUCCGAUGACCCACUUUCGGAAGAUAUGAAAACUACGCUAAUCGCUGGAAAAUACACGUGUCUGCUUGUUCCAUUGGAAUAAAUAUUGAUUUAUUGAU